AUGGCUGGAAAUAAAAGAAAUCAAGAUAUUUUUCAAACAUCUGAUUCUAAUUAUAGUAAUGAUAAGGAAAGCAUUUGUUGGAAAUAUUUUGAACCAUUCAAAAUUCCAAAGGAGUAUGGAACAGAAACAAAAUGUACAAUUCCUGGGUGCACUACGAAAUACCUAUGGUGUGGAUCUACUUCUAACCAUGUUGGUCAUCUUAAGAAUAAGCAUGGUAUAAUAAAAUCUUCAACACCUUUAACAACUAAAAUAUCAACCACAAACUUUAUUAAUUCCGAAUUAGAAAUUAAUAUACCAUUAAUUAAAUUUAUUAUUUCCUCUGGGGCGCCUCUUAACAUUGUUGAUAAUUUAAAAUCUGCUGGAUUUAUCAAUCCACAAUACGAACUACCAACUUCUGAUAUAAUUGAAGAACAAAUAAAUAAAGCAUAUAAUCGUUUAUUUCUUCAAUUAAAGUCACAAGCUCAGCAAGAAAAAUCCACUAUGAUUUUAAUUAAUACAAUUGAAAUUGAGGAAUACGUCUAUACAAUAUUCACAUGCAAUUGGCUAACUAAGGAUUUUGCGUUUCAUAAGAUCUUAUUGUGUGUAAAAAAAUUUUAUUCUGUAAGAUUAGACGAAUCUUAUUUUGAUGAAGUUUAUGAGGCUUUCGAAAAUUUAAAGGAAUGGGCUAAACAAAACAGUAAUUCCCAAGAAAUGUCAGAAAUUAUCAAAGUUAUUAAAAAUGCUACUUAUAAUCUUUAUGGAAUAGGAAUAUUUGAUUAUUCUACGAUUAUUGAUAUCCAAAACGCAGGAAAAAUUAAAUGUGAUUGCGAUUAUCAUAAAAUAGCAUUUCUUAAGUUAAUGAAGCAUCCUUUUAUACAACUAAUUAAUAAUUAUAAUAGUUAUGAAGAUUUCUUUAUAAGAAAUGAAGGAAAACGUUAUAAAGAACUUUUACUAGAUUCUUUGCCAUUUAGCAUAUUUUCUAACUUAUUACAAUUAUUUAAACCUUUAGAAAAUAUUAUAUGCAGUGAUCAUGAAAUAUCAAUAAAAGAGGGUCUGGAUUUGGAAGAUAAAAUUGCCAUAAAUGCAGAUAAUAUGUUGAAAGAACCUAUGCUUAAUGACUUAGAACACGAGGCCCUUAAAUCAUUUCUAAAAUAUAUUCCUUUAUUCCUUGAAAGUAACCCUUUUUUUAUCAGACAGAUAGCAUCAUUUUUGGAUCCACGUUCUAAAUUAGAUGAGAUUUCACCUGUAAUUAAAAAAUAUAUGUUGAAAAAGUGCCAAGCCUAUUAUUUAAAAAAUAACGAUUUGGAUAAAUCAAUUCAAGAAGCAAAUAAAGAAUUGGAAUGUUAUCAUAACCGUCCACAGUCGUCGUUUGAUGAAGAUGUUGUUCCGUAUGAAUGGUGGCAAGGUUCAAAACAAAUGCUUCCUGGAUUAGCUAUGAUUGCGAAAGAAUAUUUGAUUAUACUAACAAUGGAUAACGAAGACCCGAUAGAAGAAUCUGAUAUAAAAAGACUUUUAGUAACUUAUGGUGAUGACAUGGCAGAUAAAAUAUCUUUUUUACAAUAUAAUAAGAAAUAUAUUGAUCAAUAUUUAUAA